UGAUUUUUUUUAGCGGGGCUAUUUACAUUAGGGUUGCACACGCCCAAAGUAGCCUACAGACGGGAUUUGAAAACGCAAUGGAUUUCAGCUACCUUUGCUUAUUUUUAAAACAAAGUUAAAGACGCCUUACUCUUUUUUAAGUGCUGUUGUUGAAAUUAGUUCGCGAUGUCAUGUUUACGGAAAUGUUCCAAAAGGACAAACUCGGAGGAAUCGGUUUUUCAAGCGGAGAUAAAGAGAGUCGCACUGGAAAAUGGGAAGUUGAUAGGUUUGGAGGGGGAUACAGAUCUCCAGUUCCUGUUGAGAGGGGGUCCGCUCAGGAAGGUGCGCUCCGACUCCUGGCAGAAGAGUCGUUUCUUCAGGCUACUGGAGGACUGCAAAACGAUGUGGCACGAGUCGCACAAGGCCCUGAAGUCCAACAAGACCUUCUCGAUCGAAGACAUUGAGUCCGUGAGGCAAGGCCGGCAAUCGGAGGCCCUGCAGAAAUACACGGAGGCCAAGGUGGAGAACCAGUGCUUCUCCAUCAUCUUCAAAGAUAGUCGCAAGAACCUGGACCUCCAGGCCAACUCGGCUGAGGAAGCGAAGCGAUGGGUUACCAGCCUGCAGAAGGUCAUCAGCAACAUGGACAACCUCAACCGCCAUCAGAAGAUGGAGCACUGGAUCUUCAACUGCAUGCGUAAAGCAGACAAGAAUGAAGACAACAAAAUGAGCCUGAAGGAAGUGAAGCACUUCCUGCGGCAGAUCAAUGUUGAAGUGGAUGACACCUAUGCAGAAGAGCUUUUUAAGAAAUGUGACACAUCUCAAUCAGACACGUUGGAAGGACAGGAAAUCAAGGAGUUCUACAAUUUGCUAACCCACCGAGAAGAGGUCAGUGUCAUCUACACCAAGUAUGCUCGGACAAAUGGCAAAAUGAGCGCAGAGGACCUGUUGAACUUCCUUCAGAAAGAGCAACGGGAGUCCGUCUCACUGGAUCAUGCAGUCCAGUUAAUCCAGAAGUAUGAACUUGAUGACUCGGCCAAGCAGAAAAAUCAGAUGUCCGAGGACGGUUUCCUGAUGUACCUGCACCAGCCUGAGGGCAUGAUCCUCAACCAUGAACACAGGCCAGUGUAUCAGGACAUGAGCCAGCCCCUUAACCAUUACUUCAUCUCAUCCUCCCACAACACCUACCUGAUGGAGGAUCAACUCAAGGGGCCUAGCAGCAUUGAGGCCUACAUCCGGGCACUGAUGAAGAGCUGUCGUUGUGUGGAGCUGGAUUGCUGGGACGGACCUAAUGGCGAGCCGAUUAUAUAUCACGGAUACACUCUCACUUCCAAAAUCCUCUUCAAAGAUGUCAUCAAAGCCAUCAAGGAAUAUGCCUUCAAGACUUCAGAGUACCCAGUGAUCCUCUCCUUGGAGAACCACUGCAAACUGGAGCAGCAGAAGCUGAUGGCCCAACACUUGACUUCCAUUCUGGGUAGUGCCCUGGUCAAUCAGCCCCUGGAGGACCACAUGCCCACACACUUUCCCUCUCCAGAGGAGCUGAAGGGUCGGUUUCUCAUCAAGGGCAAACGGCUGAACAAGCUGGAUGCUUUUUUCAACCCCAACAGUGUGGUGGAGGACGACUGUGUAUCUGAGGAAGAUGAGGCUGCCGAAGCUUCGAAACAGGCUCCAGCAAACGGAGAGAAGCACAAACCCAAGAAAUCUACGAUGAAGCUGGCAAAAGAGCUUUCUGACAUUGUCGUUUACUGCAAGAGUGUUCACUUCAGCAGCUUUGAGCACGCAAGAAAGAACCAGGCCUUUUAUGAGAUGGCCUCCUUCAAGGAGAGCAAAGCAUUGAAUUUGGCUGAAAACUCAGCCACAGGAUACAUUCAGCACAACGUGGACAAGCUCAGCCGAAUCUACCCAGCAGGCUCCAGAACAGACUCCUCGAACUACAACCCCGUUCCCAUGUGGAAUGCUGGCUGUCAGAUUGUGGCACUGAACUUCCAGACACCCUGCAAGCAGAUGGACCUGAACCAAGGUCGCUUCCUGCCCAAUGGUUGGAGUGGGUACAUCCUGAAACCCAAGUUCAUGCGUGACAAAGCGUCCAAGUUUGACCCCAUCACACUCAGAGAAGGAGAGUGGUUCCAGCGCAAGACACUCCACGUGAUGGUCAUCUCAGGCCAGCAGCUUCCCAAAAUCAACAAGGACAAGGCCAAAUCUAUUGUGGACCCCUUGGUGAGGGUGGAGAUAUAUGGCGUACCUGUAGAUGUGGCCACUAAGGAAACUCGCCACAUUCAGAACAACGGCUUCAACCCCAUGUGGAACGAGAAGUUCGAGUUCAGUGUCUGUGUGCCGAAACUUGCCCUGGUGCGUUUUGUAGUGGAGGACUAUGACGCCACAUCCCACAAUGACCGAAUUGGACAGUAUACCCUGCCCUUCACAAGUAUGAAAAACGGAUACCGACACAUUCCUCUCCUGACAAAGAAUGGCGAUAUCAUCCCCUCAGCUGGAGUGUUUGUACAUAUCAUGAUUUUGGAUGACUAAUAGGAUCUGAGUUCCUGAAUCUCUGAUCUCCUCCUUCAGCGGAAUGCCAAAGCAUAAAGAUUUCAGUGAUCGGACACCAUUUUACCCAUAAAGACACCCAGCACCUAGAGUACAUCACUAUUAUCUGUCAAUAACUGCUCCUGUUUUCUUGUGCUCUAAAUGAAAACAGCUACUUUUUGUAAGGCUUCAUUCAAAAUGUAUUUUCUCCUUUUUAAAGUGAAAUUCCAUUGGAUCAUUUUUAAGUGGGGUGAAAUAGAACAUUUACAAAUCGAAGAUAGAUUUUAAUUAAUUGAGGAUAGUGGAGAUAUAGACAAGUGUAAGAAAUUGAUUCUGUUAGUGAAAAAUCCUGGACUGGAACUAAACAACUGAUGUUUUGUGACACAAUAACUAUUUUGAAAUGCUGGACAGUCACAUAUGUUGGUCAAGAUAUGUUGGUAAAUAUCUAUUUGAAUUGAAAUAUUUUCCAUCAUAUUCUUUUAUGUUUCACAUUCCAGGUUUUCAAGAUAUGCUCUAUUAAGAAACAUUGCUAUGCAGAACACUCCUGGAAAUGUACAUAUAUAAUAUUUUUUCCUUUGUGAGUUACAAGGAUCUUUUGUGCAAAACUGUUGUAUUAUAUGUUGUUUCUUCCAGACAGUGUUUUUAAGGAUUUCUGAAUGCAUAUUACUUCUGUUAUCCAGCACUAAACAUCUUGCUUUUUUUAGUCGCUUUUGAGAUUGAAAUGACAUGUAUUUUCAAAUGUUUUUGUUUGCUGAUGAACCCAUGUAUCAGUUUUUGCACUUAAAGGCAUACUAUGCAGGAUUUUUACCUUGAAAACAUUACAACCAUGCUAAGACUCUGAUUCCACUGGCAAGCUCUGUCUUUACGAACCUUCAUCGAAUUUGUGCACCUUUGUCUGUAUUUGCUAUUCUAAAAUGUUUUUUGGGAUAUUUCUGGGCAUGGCAUUCUUUUCUGUGUGGGGAGGGGUGGGUGUGGCUAUAGAGCCUGCUAUUUGUGAUUUUAUUUAGACGGAGUGUUUGUUUCUACCUAGCUAGCUGCUGUAAUGGUGGCUCCAGGUGAAGACGUUGAGAUGCAGCGAAGCAAAAGUAUAAGCCGACAGGACUUGUUCAAGAUCUAGAGUUAACCUUGGAAUUGUUUUUCCUUGGUGGCCAUAGCUGAAGUUCGCCAAGGGGAAAAGUGACGUGGAUUUGGUAUGUUUUCUGUUGGACCUGUAAAUAACGUUACCUCUGGCUAUCCAGCUAGCUACAUUAAAAUGGCUGAAGUCAAGUACUCAGGGUGAGUGGGUGGGGUUGAAGAUGGAGGAGACUUCUUUGAUUGUAAACACAGGACUUCAGCAAGGCUAAAAAAAAAUCCUGCAUUGUACGCCUUUACCUAAGCUGUUCAGUCGAAGAGAUUAUUUUAUCACCUGUGUCUACAACACACAAAUCAGGAAUAUCUUACAUUGAUGUUGGGCUAACUGGUAAAACAGUAAAAUUCUACUCUUAAGCAAUACGAUUCAUAUCAGGAGAUGUCUGUUCCACAGAUCCAGUGUUUUGUGUACGUGAGUGAUGGCUAUUUUUAAACCUUUUAGAGGACUGAUUUGGAUUAAAAUACUUUGACAUGGUUAAGCUGUGGAAGAAUGUAUGUAAACGAGCUAAUUUGUUUCAAAGAUUUUGGUUUUAUGUAUAAACCUGCACAUUUCUGGACCAAAGCUGCAUUAUCUAGCCCUUCUCUUUGUACACAGUGCAUCUGUUGCUAUCAUACUAAGGUUGAGUGGAGAUUUGAGAGGAGUGUGCAUCACACCAAUCAGUAUAAAGUGCACAUUAUCUUGGUGUCUGCAGAAUUUAAUCAAUCUGCAGCAUUUCACAAUCAAGAAAAGACUUACGAGGUCUUCCUUUCAAACAGCAGACAGCAUGUACCUUAUUUUGUCGUACAAUAGCCUGUAUCUGAACACUUUUGUUUGUUGCUUUUCUCUAUCAUUCACUUGUGCUUUUUCUAUAUUUGUAUGUGGUAGCCUAAUGCACUGUCCGCAGUGAGAGUAAAGCAUGUAAAAAGUACAUUUUUUAAAAUGACAAAUAAUCAUUUCUACAGUUUGGUGAGCUGGUAGCAUUAUUUUUACUUUUACUCCAUUUUUGUUAUAACAAUAGAAAAUAAACGGUAAUCAAAAGGUAAA